GUUGUUGCUCUUAAUUAAUUGUUAUUAUUUUGUGAUUCGCGAGCUUACAGUCGACUGAUAAUGGAUAUAAGCGCGGAUGUGGAUCAGAUAAUAGCCCAGGCUCCGGACUGGACCUUCGCGGGCGACUGUGCUCUGCUGGCGCUAAUGAAGCGCAUUUCCCAGAAUCUGGAAGAAAGGGGCGAAAAGACUAGCCGCAAUCUGCGGGAUUUUGAGACAAGCGUGAAGCAAGUGGAUAUAGCUCUAAACAAUGCCACCAACAGCCUGCGAUCCCUGCAGUUUGGAAAUCAGUUCGUGGAGUAUCGGGUGGAGGAAGUGGAUGACGCGGAUUUGGCCAUGCCCGAAGAGAAGAAAAAGAAGCAAGAGCUGCCGCCCAAGACUUCCGAGGAAUUGGCCAAGGAGUUUCUGGAAAACAACCUGCGCAUGUUCCGCAAAAACUACGAGCCGGUGACCAUAGAAGUGCCCGAUUCGGAUGAUGAGGAUGGCCCCGUCCACUCAACAACCGUUUUCCGUGCUAAGAAUCCCUAUGAUGCGAUACCUUUGCCUUAUAUUAUUGGCACCAAAGAGUGGCAGGAACACAAAUAUGCCGGGUUGUAUGACAGUAAGGAGAAUAGUGAAGAUGACAGAUCCGAGGAAUUCUCCUCAAGCUCAUCGGACGAGAAGGAACCCGAGACCAAAAAAAUAGCAACGUCAGCGAACAAAUUAGAGGAACAGCAUCUGUCUGACUCCUCUUCUCUAGCCUCGUUUGCCAGGGAACCGGCAAUCGUGUCGCCAGUCAUUAAACCUGCUGUCCAGGUAGCAGAGCCUGCCAUCAGAACACAACCGCGUCCAAUUAUAAGCAGUCAAAGGAAUCCACAUGAGAGGGAUAUGUUUGCUGCACUCCGGCAAUCGCCUCCUAGCGACGACCCGCCAUCCACAUCAUCUUCGCCUAGGUCUUCACCAGCCUUUAGGAAUCCAUCAAGUCGCCUUCCAAUCGCCUCUACUGUAUCGCUUAGUUCCAGUAGCAGUAGUCCUGCUCAACAGCCCCCUCGUCUCUUUGACGAAGCUGUUUCAACCCAAACUCCGAAGGAAGCUGAGAUCAAGCCAAGCCCAACGAAGCGCAUGCCAGUUAAUCUUUUUAACGAAGAUGAGUUUAAAACCUUCAUGUCCGAAAUCGUGGACAAAGUCCAGUCAAAAACACCCAGCAGCUCCGUCUCUCCAGCAACGACAAUUUCAACAAAAGAACCUCCCAAAACUAAGAAACCCAUCGAACAAUAUUCAAAGCCAGAGGCGACAAAGCAGAUUGUUGAGCAGGCAGUUUCGAAACGUGUAAACCUCUUCGACGACAGUCCUCCAUUGAGUCCAACUCCGAGGUCAGAGCCUGUUUUUAAUAAUACUAAAGCAACGGGUGCAAUACCAAAACAGAGUCCAGUUGUAGUUGCCAAUAAUGAUGAAGUUAACUCGCUUUUUGGCAGUUCUCCUGUCAUGCCAACGGAAAAUCUUUCCAAGAAGCCACCUAAACCGGUAACCAAAUCGCUAUUUGAUGAUGACUUGGAGGACGACGACUUCUUGAGCUCCUUUACGCCCAAAGCAAAGCCACCAGAACAAAAACUGCUCUCAAAACCAAAGCCCUCCUUAUUUGAUGAUGAUGAUUUGGAUAUCGAUGAUAUAUUUACGAAACCAUCUGCUCAACCGAAAAAGCUCUCUGAAAGAAUAGCUGGAAAGACCAGUUUGUUUGAAGACGAUGAUCAAGAUGAUGUCACUGAUUUGUUUGGUUCGAAAAAGACCAAGGAAAUUCCAAAGGAGACGUCUUCGGGAGUUUCGCCCGACAAAAAGGUUGAAACACCUGUAGCUUCAAAGAAAAGUCUCUUUGAUGAUAUCGAAGAUGAGGAUUUGUUUGGAACCCCAAAGGCUAAGAACUUAAUAAGAAGAAAACCAUACAAUGAUCCUGAAGCAGUUGGAGAAGAUAAGAAACAAAGUGAGAUUGCAGAACAGAAAUCCAAGAAUAUAGAAACUAAAGAAAAACAGCCUCAAGUUAUAGCAGAAAAUGCAUCUGUGCCUAUUCUCAGAGUUUCACCUCCUCCCAUGGAAGUUACGGAACAAAAGUCUGAUGAGAAAGAAUGGAAGGCGGUUAAGGAUGAUACAUCGUCAGCACCAAAUAUUCCUAAAUCUAAAGAUUUGUUCAGUGAAAACUUAACCGACGAUGAGCUAUUCUCUAGUACUUUUAAUAAUAUGGCUGAGCCAAAAAGUGCUAAUGAAACUAAUGAAUUUAACAAACGAAUUGAAAAAAAUACUUCGCAAACUGAGGAAAAUGUAUCGCCGGCGAAUCCUCCUACAAAACUAUCUACCAAACCAACUGAUUUGUUUAACGAAGAUUUUAGCGAUGAUGAUACAUUUUUGAGUGCAUCCAUGUCUAAAGAAAUUAAAAAACCAUCUGAGGUGCAGAUGGAGAAUGAGAUUAAACAAGAAGGAAUACCACAGCAACUGCCAGAGAACAAAAUAGAUGAAAUAACAGCGGGCGAUGAAAAGGAUGAACUUGUGCCCGAAAUGUUAAGCAAGCCGCAAAUAGAUGAGACAGUUUCCGAAACUCCUCCGCCAGACGAUUAUCAAGGCAACGUAGACCCCAUUAUAUCAAUGGUGGCCGAUGUCACCAAUAAAACAUCAGUGCAUACGCUUACCCCGCGUAAGCCGGCGGAUUUGGUUGCUGCGCAGCAAAUCAUGCAGAAUUACUCGAAUCUCUUUUCCGACGAACCGCCGGACGACAGCGAAUUCUUUCAAACGCUCGGCAGCAGCGGUCUCAGCAGUCUAAGUGCCUCCAAAAUCUUUGACAACGACCACGACUUCUUCGAACCCGCUCUACCAAAUAUUCCUAGUGCGACAAAGCCAUCUCCAGUAACCCCGGGGGAUCAACCUUCUUUGUCGUCUGACUACGGUGCCAUGUGCUUAUUCAGUGAUGUGCCACCCGAAGAUAACGAUCAUGAUGGUGAUGAAGUGCAGAAGCAAGCUGAACCUCAGAAGGACGAACUUGCGUCAACCACCCGAAUACACACAAUCUUCUACGAUGAUUUCAGUGAGACUGCAAGGGCAGGCGCAGUGCAGCCAGCGCCCAAACGCUUCACUUUCGAUGAGGGGCCACCGCCAGCUGAUGAAACUGAUCGUAGUCAAGUUAAGGAGACUUCUGAAUUGCAGAAACCCACUUCGCCCGUUAAGAAACUUAAAAUGCCUAAUAUUAACAUCAAUGUACAUGCCCUACUUCCCGGCUCUGGUGGCGUGCCAAAGCUGAUCAGGAAACAAGAAUCAUCGAGUUCCGAGAGAGAGGAACCUCAAACCACAGUACAACCUGAGACUGUGUCACCAAAUUCUGGACAAACCACUGUUUCUUCUCCAGACGGUGCCCUGCAACAUGUGAACAAAUUUCGCGCUCGUGGACCUGCCAAAAGGCGACCCUCUACCAGGAGGGGAAGAAAGGAAAACUAUGCCAAAAGCUUAUUGGAUGCUGGACAAGAUGAAGGCCCAACAGCUUCGGCUAGAGAUAGCCCAGAAGUGGAACACUCUGAGCCCAGUUUCAUUAAAGCACCCCCUCCUCAGUAUGUUCAGCCUGAAGAGAUGUUUUCAGCUCCAGCCCAGCAGAUUCAGCCGCAGCUCCAAAGACCGCCGCCAUCUACUGCAGGUGGCUCCUUUUUGGACAGCCCCGAUGAAGAUGAUUCAUUCUUUAAUUCCGUCCCGACAAAGUCAGUGGAGGGAAAGCAGGGUUCUGAUCCACCCAAGUCAUAUCGCUCGUUUUUGGACAGCCCUGAGGCAGAUGAUAAGCUUUUCACUGAUCUUGAAAAUAACAAGGCGGGUUUCAAUGAGCCACCACUAGAGAAGAACUUGCCGCCACCAAAGAUGGCAAACUCUUUUUUGGACAGCACAGAUGAAGAUGAUUUCCUGUUUAAUUCUGUGAAAACAAAAGCAACUACUACUGCCCAAAAAGCAUUUGCAGCAGAAAUCGUGAAUGCUUUUCAAAAAGUCACAACUGCUCCUCCGAAACCAUCGAAUGCCAAGGAGGCUGCUAAACCCAAGUCACAGGCUGCGGCGAAACUAUUUGAUGAUAGCGACGAUGAUGAUGAUCUGUUUGCUAGUGCUGCUGCUUCAGCUCCCAGUAUCCAAACCGCCAGCCAGCCCGUUCAAACUAAACAGGCACCCAAACCAGCGGCCACUUCUCUUUUCAGCAGCGAUGAUGAUGAAGUGCCUGUAAAGACUGCUCCUGCUAAGAAGUUGCCAGUGAAACCAAGCAAAAGUCUCUUUAGCGACGACGACGACGAUGAUGACCUGUUCGGAGGAAGCUCCACGUCCAAAGCAGGUGCUACCAAAAAGACCAAACCCGUGGCCAGGACAGCAACUAAACCACCUGCCAGUAAAACCGUUACGCACACUGCUACCAUUCCAUCAAACUCCGGUGAUAAUCCAUUGGCCGAUCUUCUUGAUUUCAAGUGAAAAAACAGCUACGCCUUUUAUUACAAUUAUGUACAGUUUUUGAUCUGUGGAUGGUUAGACUGUCGAUCAGAGUAUUGUUAUCCGUGUAUUCCUAUUAACUAUAAUAAACAAUGAAUGUCAAUGUU